UAUCGAACUUCUGUCGCGACUUUUACAAUUAUACGACGCUUCACCGGUUUGAGUCAAUUUCCUCUUGUAAAAAACAGGAAAUUAUUGUAAAAAUGCCUGAAUAUGAACGAUUAGACGGAAAUACAGGGUGCUCGGCUAGUUGGAGGGCCUUCACUCCUUUGGAAAAAAAAUUAACAAUUUUGACAGUAAUUUUGGGAAUUGUUAUUUUUGCUCUAGCUUUAGCUCUAGCCGCGCAUAAAUGUCACGAACCUGAACCUAUAACGACCAUUAAGCCUACACCUGCAAGUUCGAGUUCGUCUAGUUCUACAAGCUCUAUUAAGCCAACGUCUUCCUCCACUACUAAAUCCAGUUCUGUAACACCAACUCCUACAAAAAGCACAAAUUCUACGUCCACUUCUGUAACACCAACUCCCACAAAAAGCACAAAUUCUACGUCCACUUCUGUAACACCAACUCCCACAAAAAGCACAAAUUCUACGUCCACUUCUGUAACACCAACUUCCACAAAAAGCACAAAUUCUACGUCCACUUCUGUAACGCCAACUCCUACAAAACCCACAACCAAUUCUACAGGUUGAAGAAAAAAUUCUAAUUCUGCUUCUAAAGUAACCAAACCAAAUGAAACAGCUCUAUGUUAAUUUUAUAUAUUUUUAUAGUAUUAUAAACUAUCUUAGUUAUUUUAAACUAAAUAUUGUUAUAAAAUUUAAUUUUUUAAGCUUGUAAGUCUACGUUAUGUUCUUUACGUUUCACAUAAAAUAAAAUAUGUUUUAAAGUU